AUGGACCGUUUCAGCCUGGGCUUUGGGCUGGGCGGCAAUGGCAGUGAUCCCAAUACAGGUCAGUUGUGCGUUGCGUCGGCGUGGUGUCGUCAUCGCUGAGCGCUGAUCGGCGAAAAGUGCGAGACGGCGGAGGCGACCAGUACCACCACGUCCGAUCCCGCUGUUCGCGUGUUGCAGUGUGGAACCUCGUCAACUGACACCGUUCUCUCGUCGACAGGUCUACCACCAGGCCAGGUCUACAAAUACGAGUACGUGCGAUUCGUCGCGUUGGCCACUUCGUCACACCCACCGCUCGGCUGCUGAUCCGUUCGCACUGCACUGCACUACAUCACAGAGGACCGUGGUUCACGACCCAGUUGGCUCUGUCUCUCUCGAUCGGUCUUUGCUCGUUCCUGGCCUUUUGCGUCGUGCGAAGGGUCGAGCGCUUCAAGGUGCUCUAUCGGCCUCGAACCCUGCUCAAAGGUGCGAUGCGAACAGCAACUUUUCAACUCGGCCGAUCGAAGCAAAGCCGACCGAACGAACGCGGUGCUGACCUUUCUGACCCGUCACAACAGGCUUCUCCCCGCACCAAGUCCAUGACUCGCAAUCGUUGUUUGGCUGGGUCCUGCCGACCUUGCGCACGAGCGAGUUCACCGUGCUGCAGAUCGUUGGGUUGGAUGCUGCGGUCGUACGUUCACACCCAGACCGUCGACGAUCGGUUCAGUGUCGAGGCAAAAAAAUUGAAACCGAGCCCCACGUUGUUCCACCCCACAGCUCUUGUUGUUUCUUCGCACCUGCUUCCUCUUUUUUCUCACCGCUUCCAUUCUCGUCUGGUCGAUCCUCGUGCCGAUCAACUAUCGCGAGAACGGAUCUUCCGAAGGCGUACGACCGGGCGCCCCCGAGGACGGCCAUCACCACCACGACGAGGAGGACAAGACUGCGCUCCUCCUCCAGUUCGCCCUCGGCAAGGUCCAGCACGGCUCGACCCUGUACCUCACCUCCCACCUCGUCUUCACCUACGCGCUCACCAUCCUCGCGCUCGUCUUUCUCCACCGCAGCUGGCGACGCUACAUCCCCUUGCGCCAACUCUUUUCGUUGGAACACGCCCAUGCGAUCCCGGCGAGGACGGUGCUCGUCACCGACCUCCCACCCCACCUCAGAUCCGAAAAGGCCCUCGCCGAUUAUUUCGAGUCGAUCCACCUCAACGAGGCGCACGAAGCCCCUUCCGGACUCGGCGUCGACAGCGUCGUCGUCACCCGUGCCGUCGGAGGCAUGAAGGAGUUGUUGCACGAACGAACGAAAGCGUUGAUGGCGUUGGAGAAGGCCUGGGUCGAUUGGUUGGGUAACCCCGUCCCCGUUCCCGUCGAAGGGGGAAGUUUGAGCGUCUUGUUGGGCAAAGCGAGCGACGUCGAUAUCUGCGUCAAGGGGUACGAUCCCAAGGUCGAAGUCGAAAGGAUCUUGCAACCCGGUGCUUCGCCCUCGACGACACCGACGAGGGAUCGUUCACCCGAGCGAGGUACCAGCGGAGGGGCAAGAGAAGGGCGCUUGAUCCACACGUUUGAUGGUCCAGACGACGACGACGACGACGAUGAUCUGGAGGCACGCUUGUUGGAACCCGCACGAGCCAAGAUCGUGCACCCCAAAAAGCCGAGACCGACGACUCGUCUCGGGUGGUUCGGAAAGCGAGUCGACAAGUUGGAUCACCUCGCUGCCAAAUUCAGGGAAGCGGAUGAGCAAGUACGAAAGAGACGGAGGGGCAGGUUCAGACCUACUGGAGUCGCGUUCGUCACGUUUCAGAGUUUGGCGGCUGCGCAGAUCGCUGCUCAGGCUGUGCACUACCCUUCCGCAACGGCGUUCAAGACCGAACUCGCACCUGAACCUCGUGACAUCCAAUGGUCCAACUUGGCCUUGUCGAAUACGUCCGUCUUCGUGCGUAGGGUGCUCGUUUUGGUGACGUUGUUGGUGUUGCUCUCGGUGUGGUCUGUGCCGGUGGCGUAUUUGGCCAAGUUGCUCAGUUGGGACACAAUCGAGGAGACGGCGCCGAGGUUGGCCAAGUUUAUUGCCAAGAGGUGAGUGGUACCAUUCGCCACUAGGAUAUUUCGAGUCCGAUCUGAUUAGCAGUUACGUGGCACUCGCAGUCCACGACUUCGAGGGUUCGUGCAAACCUCACUCCCCUCGCUAGCGAUGGUCAGCUUCAACAACCUCUUGCCGCUCUUCCUCGGCGAGCUCUCGGUCCUAUCGGGCCUCUCCGCUCGAUCCUGGAUCGAAUACUCGACGCUCAAGAAAUACCACGUCUCCCUCCUCUUCACGACCCUCUUCGUCUUCAUCACCUCAUCGACCUAUUCGCUCCUCCAAGGCAUCUCGGAAUCCCCCGCCCGAGCCCUCGACAAACUGGCGACGACCCUUCCCGGCGCCAGGAACUUUUUCGUCUCGUACGUCAUGUUGGCCGGGUUGGCGUUGAUGCCGUUGCAGUUGUUGGAGCUGGCGAUGAUCUUGCUUCGCGGCUGGACCAAGCUGUUUUGGACCAAGACGCCGAGGGAUCAUGCGCAGUUGAACUCGCCGACCACGGUCAAUCUGGGCACGGUUUAUCCUCGGGUGCGCAGGGCCCUUAUUCGAACAGUAUUGCAGAGCCUCGUUUAAUGCUUCAUUUCGUGUCCUCGCACAGGCUUUGUUGAUCUUUACGCUCGGGGUCACCUACUCGAUCAUCUCGCCGUUGAUUCUCCCCUUUGCGACGUUGUACUUUGGCAUCGCGUACCUCGUGUACAAGUACAAGUUCCUCUUUGUUUUCUGUGAGUCGAGGGGUACCGGGUAGAUUUUUCUUGUCGAGUAGAGAGCGUCAGCAAACUCAUUCCCGUCUUCGACGACUCCACUCCAGACCGUCCGUACGAAUCACGAGGCCAAGCCUGGCCAUUGGCCUUCAACCGCUCCGGAUGGGGUCUGCUCAUCUUCCAAGUGUUCAUGCUCGGUCUGCUGACCGUACGCAAGGCCUUCCUGCUCUCCGGCCUCGUGAUCCCCUUGAUCCUCGGCACGUCGUACACGAUCUACCGCCUCAGCGCGACCUACACCCCGCUCUCGCGCUUCGUGAACCUCUCGCAAGCAUGCCAAGUGUCGCACGGCGCGACGGCCGAUAUCGUCAAACUGCGUCGAGGUCACCCCGUCACGCGUAGUCAAACGCACCUCAGUCGAGGUAGGUACCAACCGCAUUCUUCGACGAACGAAGGCGUCUACGUCGUCGCUCGCAACGAAGCGACCGAUUAUGACCAACCCCCUUUAUCGGACGUUUACGGUGGCGUGUUGAACACCGGCGCGAGGUUGUACAACCAUCCUGCUUUGGCCGGCGCGUUACCCGAACCUUGGUUACCCGUCAUCAAGACGAGGGAAGAUCAAGUACAGGUCCCCGAUGCGGUGCAGGAGGCUUUGCAUGGGACGGUGGUGGUCGAUCUUCGGAGAAGGUGGUCGAUCGCGAAGAAUGCGUUGAGGAAGAAGGCCGCGCGGGUCAAGGCUGGCAAGAGGGCGACCACGAGUUCGGAUGAAGGAGAUGGUCGUGGUGAUGACGACGAUGGCGCGAGGGAGAUUAGGGUCAGGUCGAUCGAAUCGGAUGAUCCUUCGAGGGCUUGGAGGGGGAGUAGGGAAUCGACCCCUGAACCGUUGUACGGAUCCAAUCGACGGGACACCGACGACGAGGCGGACGAGGAUGAGCAAGAUCAAGGGACUGAUGAGGAUCAACCUGAACCGGGUUCGACGAGGUAUGGGACGUAUUUCCAUCGGAGGGAUGGGGGGGAGACAUUUCCGCCUGGUUCGGGGAGUGGGACGGGCACGGGGGAGAAUAGUGACGCCGAGACGGUGUGA